ACUGCGAGCCGAUUAAAUUACUCCAGCCCUCACACAUGAGGUUUCUGCUACAGAAAAGAAACGAGUCAGUGUCGCCCGGCGGUCGCGUUGAGCACAGUCCUCUCACUGCGCUAUCUGGAAGCAGAAGACAGCCCUUGACCGUGUGGCAAACGAAAACUUCAGUGAAACUUUUUUUGCCUACUAAUUAAGCAGGACAGAUAAAAGAUGUCCCUUGCUGACUGCGCUUAUCCCCUCUGAUCUCCAAAAGGCAGGUCGGGGCUGGAGUUUUCUCACGGGGUGUUAGUGGAGGGUGCUGGACUGCUCCGCGAAGCAGGAUGCCCGCUGCGGUCAGGGAAAUGGUGAACGACGGACCUCGUCUUUUUGGACUAAAGACGCCUUGCAUUGCCAUUGAAAGCAGCUUCCCGUCUUUCGCACCGUGUCCUUCCCGAGAAAGUCAUCGUACGUUUUACCACACCAAAAGAGUCGGGAAUUACCUCAUUGGCAGAAAACUUGGAGAAGGCUCUUUCGCUAAAGUAAGAGAAGGGCUGCAUGUGAUGACCGGGGAGACGGUGGCGGUGAAAGUGAUCGACAAGCGGAAGGCCAAAAAGGAUUCCUACGUGACGAAAAACCUGAGGCGGGAGGGUCAGAUCCAGCAGAUGAUCCGCCACCCCAACAUCACCCAGCUGCUGGACAUUUUAGAGACGGAGAACAGCUACUACCUGGUGAUGGAGCUGUGCCGAGGGGGCAACCUGAUGGACCGCAUCUAUGAAAAGAAGAAGCUAGAGGAGAGGGAGGCGCAGAAAUACGUCAGGCAGCUGGUCACGGCUGUGGAGCACCUGCACCGGGCCGGGGUGGUGCACAGAGACCUGAAGAUAGAGAACCUUCUACUGGAUGAAGAUGACAACAUAAAGCUUAUAGAUUUUGGCCUGAGUAAUUGCGCUUGGAUGCUGGGUUAUUCUGACCCCUUCAGUACUCAGUGUGGCAGCCCUGCGUAUGCAGCACCCGAGCUCCUGUCCAAAAAGAGAUACGGCCCCAAAGUGGACGUCUGGUCCAUAGGUGUGAACAUGUACGCCAUGCUAACAGGAAACCUGCCCUUCACUGUGGAGCCCUUCAGUCUCAGAGCCCUGCACCAGAGGAUGGUGGACAAGGACAUGAACCCUCUGCCUCCACAGCUCUCCAUAGCUGCAGUCAACAUGUUAAGAAGCCUGCUGGAGCCAGACCCAGUGAAGAGGCCAAAUAUUCAUCAAGUCAUGAUGGACCCAUGGCUCAGAAGUGGAAGCCCUCCACACGGAGCAGCGUGUCUGAAUAGGAUACACAUGAAGGAGAUCAACCACAGUGUGCUGCAGCACAUGACGGAAAGGCUGGGGUACAAGCACAGCGAUGUCCUCAGUGUUGUGCUUACAAACCGCGCCUGUCACACCCUCGCGGUCUACUUCCUCCUGGACAAGAAGAUGAGGAGGUUCACCAGGGUCUUCCAAGAGGAGCAGCAGGUUGUAGAAAAAGAAAAGAAAACAGAUGUCUUUCAGACCCACUGGAUGAAAAAAAUGGAGAAAAUUACCAUCUUGCCAAAACAGACUCCACGUUAUCUGCUUCAGAACAAGGGCCUGCUGAAGGACAAAAAAUCACAGAACAACGUUCUGGACAGAGGCCUUAUCCGCACUGCUCCCAAUGGGAGCGAAGCAAGGUUCGGCCCUGGUGGAAGUGUGGUUUCCUCUUCCUUGGAAUACCUGGAGAUACAGUCUCUUUUUCCUCACACUCCCCAACCCAUCAGACGCUUCGAACCCCAGCCAGAGGGCAGCUUUAUCGCAGCCAGGGAAGGCCUGGACCCAAGUGCGCCAGCCUGUACCGGUAAUUCCUGGGAGCCUGCCAUCAGAGAACUGGACCAAUUCCCGCCAGCACCCUGGCAGAAAGGGACACAUCCCGCUUUCUCACACAGAGGUCACCCUUGCAUUCUGCACCCUCCUGCCUUCCAGCCCGACAGCCCUUACUUGAAGAAAGCCACUAUUCCCUGCCCUCCAGCUCUCCCAACGCCCGAGAGCAAGACGUGCCCUUCUAGAUCAGACUGGAGCUCGUCAGACACCUCGACUGCUCCCAGCAGCAGGAGUGGAGAGUGCCACGACAGCCCCAAGAGUCGAGGAAGGUUCCCCACGAUGGGCAUUGGCCAGAUGCUAAAGAAGAGGAACCACAACUUCAGUGUGAGGUCCAAUCCUCCUCUGGGACUGAACCCUGCAGCGCCCUUACCCUCAUACCACAUGCAGACACUGAUCUGUGCCUCAGGGGCCCUCAAAACAUUGUUCUGACAGUGGCUGGAAAACACCUGUCGUUACUUAUCCAGCCCCUUUCUACUAAACUGGAAAGAUUAGCUGACAAUCCCAAAUGCUGUGAUUUUUUAACUGUAUUAGAAAACGGUUAUGGUUAUUUCUGGAAAUUUUCCAAUUUCCGGGCUUGGAAAAAGUUCUACACAAAACGCAGUCACGUCAGUCCUCUUAAAGCCAGCAAUAAAAAUAUCUUUCGUUUAUGUUUAAAAAAAACACCUCUACAAUUUGGAAUUUUGAAAUGAAUGCUUUAAAUGAGUGCUGUACAGAUUAUAAGAACUUUCAAUAUAUAUCAUUGCUAAAUUAACAUGUUUGUCAUUCUAAAAUAUGCACCUACAAUCCGCCCGUCAAUAAUUUUGUGUGAAAAGAACCUUUUUUUAAAA